UUCAUUCCCCAGAAAAAAAAUACCGGAAAAGGUUGAACAACAAAGGCAGAUUUUCGCGGUAAAGUGAAGCUAGCUACCUCCGCUCAGAUGUGGACCAACUAUCCUCAUGGGCUAUGCUCUCGGAGCUAGUGAAUAUAACUCUUUUAUUUAAAGCUUGAAUUUGUGCAAACAGUAUCUUGAAUUGUACUUCGCGUUCGGUGUGCCCCCUAGAUAAGUAAGUUAAUAACGCGGCACAAUGUCAGUGGUAACAACAGAAGACUUACAAUCAGAACUGGAAAUGUUCUGCAUUGUUUGUAAAGAUGACUGCACCUUGGAAAAAGUGGUGGAGCAAUGUAUUUGCCACAGGAUGCAAGCAGACGAGUGGGUUUUGGAGUGGGUUGCAUACAGCACCACAAAAAAUGGACUGGUGCUCUCUGUGGACAUUCUGGAACAUUUUGAACACGACGUGUUAAACAAGAGGAAUAGAUCCAAACAAAAGUUCAAAAGAGAGGACCAAAAUAGACCGAGAGACAUUCAGACAAUACAUGACAUAAUAAAGAGUGAAGAAGAGGAGGAUAAUCUACUGGAAUGCUACUCUACUCCUGCAAAGGGCUCCCAGAAACGAGUGCUUACCACUCCAGAAAACCCUCACUCAAAGAGGACCUCAUUAGCCAGUCCCGGAUUCGUGCUGUCUCCUGCUUGCCUUUCUCCCAGUGCAACUCCCUCACAGAAGUACAGCCAACGUGGAGGGAAAGGAGAGGUGGUGGUCUCGUUCGGGGCUGUGCAGGGUACACGUUGGUCUGGCAGGAAGGCUCCUGGUUCAGUGGUACAACUGGAGUUGCUGGAAGGGCCAGAGGAUUCCCUCCAUUGCAGCUACAAGUACAUGUUCCAGAGACUGCGUGACAUUCAUAAUGUAUUGGCAGAGAAGAUUGAGGACCUGGGAGAACAACUGCGGUCUCACUUCAAAAUUGACGAAUUCUCUCCUAUUUCACUGCCAGCGCAGGACUGUGUGUCAGUUUUGGGUCAGGUGUGCUGCGACAGUAACGGCAAAUUGAACGCACAGUCUGUUUUGUUGGAAGCGGGACCAGAGCAAGGUGGUCAGCAAGUGCGUGUGGACCUGUCAGAGCUCCAGGAGUACUCCCUGUUUCCUGGUCAGGUGGUGGUAAUGGAAGGGAUGAACACAACAGGAGGGAAACUGGUGGUUUCUAAACUAUAUGAGGGAAUUCCACUUCCCUUCUACUCAUCAGAAGUGAAAAUGGAGCCUGAUGAAGAAGUGCUCAACGUGCUGGUGGCUUGUGGGCCCUACACCCCUUCUGACAGCCUGAGCUAUGAACCUCUUCUGGACCUGAUCCACGUCAUUGGGAGGGAUCAUCCUGACGUUUGCAUACUGCUUGGUCCUUUCGUUGAUGCCAAACAUGAGCAAAUUGAGAAAUCCCAGGUGAUGGAGCCAUUUGAAGCCAUUUUCUCAAGAUGCAUCGAAAGCAUCGUUGAAGGCACAAAAUCUGUGGGGUCUCGCCUGGUGUUUGUUCCCUCCCAGAGAGACAUCCACCAUCAUUACAUCUACCCGCAGCCACCCUUCAUCCUGCCGAGCCUCAGCAAGAACCCGCGUGUGACCCUGGUUCCUGACCCCUGUACCCUGCUGAUUGAUGGUGUGACCUUUGGCUUGACCUCAACUGACAUCCUGUUCCACUUGGGGGCGGAGGAGAUCAGCUGUGGCACUGGAACGGACAAAUUUUCUCGUGUUCUGAAGCACAUAUUGACCCAGAAAAGUUUUUACCCACUGUAUCCACCUGUUGAGGAUGUGAACAUGGACUAUGAGAAGUUUCAGAGCUUUGGUCAGAUGCCAGUCACACCUGACGUUCUCCUGAUUCCAUCUGAGCUGCGUUACUUUGUUAAGGAUGUGAUUGGCUGCAUAUGUGUCAAUCCUGGACGAAUGACAAAAGGCCAGGCGGGCGGGACGUAUGGAAGGCUGCUGAUUCAAUGCACACCCUCAUUAGAUGACAAGAAAAGAGGCAGCCACUGUUUGGCUGCUCAGGUAGUGAAGAUUUAACUGAAAUAAGGACAUAUGGAGUUAACCGAGGACUGUUUAGAAGAAAUCACUUCUAAUGUCACCAUCAUUUUUAUGCAGUCAAUGUUAUCUUUAUACCUACCACAGUUUUGACACUGACAUGUUGUCAUACAGCAGCAAUAAAUCCCAACUUGUCACUUG